AUGCCUACCUUGUACUUGCAAUCUCGACCAAGAUACGUCUACGAACGCGUCUGCCUUGCAGCAAAGCCUUCGCUACUAUUUUUCAGGUUCUUACUUGCUCAAGGACAUAAAAUCUUUUCUUAUUGUCAGGGAAUAUUUUCAUGGAGUAUGGAUUGCUUACGCUCCUCGCGCCUAUUGUGUCACUUUCAGCAAAAUCCAAACCCGGAUACGCGCUCUUUCCAAAAUUGCAGAUCGCUUUGGGAGCUUGGCGACGACUUUAUCCAUCUUCUGGGUGUUUCUCGCAUGGCUGAGGGGGCCAAGGAUCGACAUGAAGUUGCCUCUCGAUUUUUGCACGUCAACUCCAACGGGUUGUGGGAUUAUUCACCAUACCUCUGUGGUGUUGGUCUUGUUGAAGGCCUUCAGCAUGCUUACCGCACUUCAAUGGCGGCCUGGAAUCGAGUUCAUGAGCCCUUCACAUUCGUGCAUCUUCACAAUAUGUUGAAAGAGCGUGGAUACUUGGAACAGAGUACUUACGUCAAUCGACUCGCUGGCUUUGUUCGAGCCUUCCUCAAAGAUUCCAUCUUUGACGAAGGCAAAAUCCCGAAAGCCAAUUUUGCGAAGGGUUUCCAAGACGUGUUCAAUAGGACGAUGGAGACCAAAUCGAAGACCAAAACGGAUGGGUAUGAUGGCGGCAAUUCGGAUAGCCUCGAAAGAUUCCGUGCGAAGUCUCAAUUGGUGCUGUAUCAGGAGGCCGAUUGGGAUCCCAGCCGCAUACCAGACAAGGUGCUUGAUCCUCGGUCUGCACUUGGAAUAGUCCGCCUCAAUCAGGCAAGGCGACUUAACCUAGCAACAGGCGAAGUUCAGUUCGAGGCGACGGAACUAGUACGCACUGGCUUGAGAAAGGGAAUGGGCGACGAUUGGUUGGGUGUUUCUACUACUCUGGAGGAAGCAAUGAAAACGGCCAACAGGUGCCGUUUUCUCUUUACACCAAAAGCACUGGCUCUUGCAGAAGAACAAGAAGAUGACAGCACUGACUGGAACAACUUGAGAAUAUCUCUCGAGGAUCUGGAGGCCGCAAAGACUGAUUUCUGCAACGACAUGAUCGGUUGCAGCCCUUUUUCUGAAAUCAACUACACUGAAAUCGACUGGACACUCAUGAGAAUGUUUCAAGAUAUCGAAGAUGAGCUAGAUGAGCAAGGUGGGCCCGAUUGGCGCUGUUCGGGCUGUUUGUAUGAUUCGGAAGAAGACAAGGCAGUCCAUAAUCGUCUCCAUCCUGCUCGCAGUGUUAUGGACUCGGCUCGAGACAACUUGAAUGAGGAGCGUCUUGCUGUCUUCGCAAGGCACUUCGAUGAGCAUUUUUCUAUCCUGACGGAUUACAUGUACUUCGCCAAAUUUCAAAACCCCCUACAGAUGCUGGCAGAUAGGUCUGGGGUGAGCCUACCUGCCGACUUGAGAGGGGUUUGUCUGCUCAUGUAA